UUACUUCGACACCACCCUUUUUCCCUCCGUUUAUUAUUUUCAAGGUAGAUCGACUGGGACUGUGUACAACAACCGGUAAGGUGAUUUUUGAGAGGUCACCGUUUUUCAGAACUUUGCGAGGUGUAGCGUCAGCACAGCUAUUGAACGUAGGCCACAAAGUAAAGCAAGCAUGCCUGGAGAUCUGUCCCUGGACAUUAACAUUAAGGAGCCACGAUGGGACCAAAGCACAUUCACGGGUCGCGCACAGCACUUCUUCUUCGUUACCGACCCCAGGAAUAUUCUGAAGUCCUCUGAGACCCUGGAGGAAGCGCGGGUCACCGUGGAGAACUACAGGUUAGGAGUGGUGAAGCCCGGUCUGACCGAAGACGAGCUGUGGAGAGCGAAGUACAUCUAUGACUCUGCUUUUCACCCUGACACUGGAGAAAAGAUGGUGGUGGUGGGGCGCAUGUCUGCCCAGGUCCCCAUGAACAUGACCAUCACUGGCUGUAUGCUCACCUUCUACAGGACGACGCCAGCGGUGGUUUUCUGGCAGUGGGUGAACCAGUCUUUCAAUGCUGUGGUCAACUACACCAACCGCAGUGGGGACGCCGCCCUCACCACCAACCAGCUAGCUGCAGCCUAUGUCAGUGCUACCACAGGAGCCGUGGUCACAGCCCUGGGACUCAAGUCGCUUGCCAAGCGCCUUCCAGCCGUCAUGAGCCGAUUCGUCCCCUUCUUUGCUGUAGCCGCUGCCAAUUGUAUUAACAUCCCUUUCAUGAGGCAGAGGGAGCUGAAGUACGGUAUCCCAGUGACCGAUGAGAAUGGGAAUCGGCUGGGAGAGUCCGUCAAUGCUGCUAAGUCUGGGAUCGUUCAGGUGGUUGUGUCUAGGAUUGGUAUGGCGGUGCCAGCUAUGGCCAUACCCCCUGUGAUCAUGAACGCCCUGGAAAAGAAGGCUUUUAUGAAGCGGUUUCCAGUCCUGAACGCUCCAGUUCAGGUGGGGUUGGUGGGUCUGUGCCUGGUGUUUGCUACUCCUCUGUGCUGCGCCCUGUUUCCACAGAAGAGUUCUAUGUCUGUGAGCAGCCUGGAGCCAGACCUCCAGGAGAGGAUACAACAAAACAGUCCCCACACCACUACAGUCUUCUUCAACAAAGGCCUGUAGGACCACACAAUCACACACACCACUAUUAAGCCCCCUCUGCUGGCUGGAUUCAGCUAUGCAGGCACAAUGAAGGGCACAUUUAUUAUUAUAUUUAUGCAUUUUUAAAACCUGUUUGUUUAUUAUAAUGUUAUUGUGCUAGGUGUUUGGAUUCGAUUGGACAGAGGUGGUUAGGAGGGGAAUUAAGUCAUAAUGACAGGUGCUUCUCAGUCCUAAGUUGUCAUAAGGACGGAAUCGAUGGGUGGGGAAAUGCUACCCGUUUUUUACAUCAGGAGGUGAAGCUGAGGGAAGUAAAUCCCUUCUUAGUUAUGAGACACAACACUGACAGAUGUACUACGGUUGAAUUUGGGUUUAGGUUUGUAUGUUUGUCCCAGGGCUGUGUGUGUAAAUACUGACGCCAAUCACCCCUCAUAUUCAACCCCAGGAUUCAGUUUUUUCCCCAAAGUGUAUUUAUUUAUUUGGCUUUGUUUUUAUUGUGUCCUUUGAUUUGUGGAUUGAAGCCCAUUACUGAUUUGUGAUUACAAAAUAGUUGUUUUAACCUGCAAGAUAAAAAAAAACCCACUCCUUUUAAGGUAGUAAACCGUUAAUUUAUGAGCACAAUGGGCUGACCUGUGAUUUAAUUCCCCUUCUAACAGUUUGUUUUCCUGUUACAAAACCUUUGACACAGCGUGUACUAACGGCUACGGUUAGUUGGCCAGUUGACACGGCUCUCACCGCUGCCCUUUGAGCUGCACUCCUGCACACGCUGUCCCACCAUGAUAACCGUUUCAGCCCCUCUCACCUCGGUGAACUGGCUAAUACGACAUGCUCCGCGUCACCAGGAAAACCCGUAGAGAUGCAGUGACACGGCACGUGCACUCCUGACGGAAAUGUCUUCUAAAGCACGUCCUCUGUAACGCUGAUGCCAGUCGUCCUCUGCCCAUCACAAGGCUUUUGAAUUUGUUAUGCCUAUUGAAGGAAUUUAGUGUCUGUCUGUCUGUGCAUCUUCAGUGGAACUGAUGAACUGGAUUGUUGACGUUUGUUCAGUUCAUCUCUCUUACCAUCGAAGGGGGACUACUGUAUUGUGCCUAAAUGUAAAAGAAGGGUUACCAUGUAUUCUUUUAUUAUCAAUGUUUUGGCCAAGACCACGCUGCCACCCACACUCUGUCACUCUGUUGGUGACUCCUGUUGCGGUAGGGAACAUUUGGCUUGCGGGGAGAGUGGGGAGAGACGUGGUGGUACCACUGAAUUCAAUAUGAGGCAAGGGGUGCUAUUAUUUGUACCAAAUAGUGUAUGACACAAAACAAGCAAAGAUGUGAGAACCAGAUGUUUUAAGCCAGGGGUCUCAAACUACAUGCACGUGGGCCAGAUGUGGCCCACAAACGGAUUCUAAUGUGUCCUGACAACCAGUGUUGGAACAUCACUUAAAAUUAGCUUAUUAGAUUAAAGAGCAACUACCUUAGUGCCACUAAUUAAUGUACUAAUUUCUAAGAUUGAGAUCUCCUCAACACAAUCUGAAUUUUGUGGUAGAAUCUCCUUUAGCUCUAUUGUUCUGUUGAUAAAAUACCACAAGUUCCAGAAUUAAUAGUGAACGUACAUGGCGCCUCCCAAACCAAACUCCAAUCAGAGAAUAUGAUGAUUUUAUUUAUCAUGCCCAUGUGGUGUUCUUAAUUACUAAGCAAAUGCAGAAAUGUGCUCUCUUGUGUUUUGUUUGACUGGUGCCAGUACCCAAUAUGUGCAGCCGUACUGUAAACAGUAACGUUCUGUACAAGCCAAAGGCUAUACCAAACAUUAAGAACUGGUUGCUUAGAAUCCUGAGUGUUGAUUGGCUGAUAGCUGGGGUAUAGGACGGCCGUAACCAUCUAACCGGGUAUCACAGCACUAUUUACUUCUCUUUUUGUGUUCGUAACCAAUUUAUAAUCAAAAUAGGUCAUCUUGGGGGUUUGUGGUAUGUUGCCAAUUUACCAGGGCUAAGCACUGUGUCUUGGCACUCCUUGUGCUUCAUUCCUAAGAACAGCUCUUAGCCAUGGUAUAUUGGCUGUAUAACACACCCAUGUGUUAUUGCUUAACUAACAUUUACUAUAGAUAAAUCUUUCCAAUUUUCCAAGAACUAAUUGGAAAGUAACUUGAUUACUCCAACCUCUUGCAUUGCACUAUUGCUACAUGAUUAAGUCUGAGACUCUUGUCAUUGCAUUGAUUUACAUGACCUGAGGGGAGUUUUUAAAAACGUCUAUCUGAGAUUUGGAUAAUUUCUAACCUGAGUAUCAAAGCCAAUGAGGCUUCUUCUGAAAUGUUGCUUUACCCAUAUCUUAUUGUUAUUGUGCAUUUUCCUCCUGGAAGCAAUCAGACAGAACCAAACAAUAUCUGGGACCAUUCCAAAUUGUAGAUUUAUUAUUUUUGCCAUCUAGAAACUGUCCUUGAGUUACUGAGAUCCAGACGUCUUCCGUGGAAAAGGUGUCAGUGGGCAUGGUAUAGCGCUUGGCCAGACCGACAGUUUGGGUAGGCAGGCAAGGUUUAAUGUGACUUGAAUGUUUAGACCUCUGUGUUAAAAUGUAUAGUAAAAGCAGCAAGUGUAUCACAAGACCCAUCAGCUGCAAGAUGAAUAUAAAGUCAACCAUCACAGCUGGCCUGACUGUGAGCAACAUCCCUUAGCCUGGUCCCAGAUAUGUGCUCACUUCUUAGGUUACAGGUCAGUGACCUUCCUCUGUAAACUCUUAUCUCUGCCAUUGGCUCCAUUGUUAGCCAUGGCUGGGUAGUUUCCAUUCCGUAUAUAUCCUGUUGCAAUCAAAAUAUUUUGCCACGGAAGCUAGUUUAUACUUGACAAUGACCAUAGGAUAUGGCAAGCUGGCUCAAACCAAUAUGGAGCCAAGCUCUUACACUUUUCAGUGCAAAUGUUCAUCAUCGUCCAAAUCGAAGCACUGAAGGUGUCUCAUAAUGGUCGUAGAGAAAACCUCAACACCUGAUGCCAUUUACCUGAAUACCACAGGGGACAAUUUCAGCAGGCUCUAUGCACAUAGUACUGACACCGAUCCCUGUAGAUACUGGUUCAUCUGUUCCGUGUACACACAAAUGCACAAAGCAAAUCUAAGUUCCACUUUGUCUCUGUAUAAUCUGCUUUUGUAAUUGAAUAUAUUCAGACCAUAUUUAAUGGGCAAGUUGAAACCAUUAUAACUUGACAAUUAGUAUAUACUGUAAAGAACCCCCCUCAUUAUAGUAUCAUCUGUUAUAUCUUUGUCUUUAUGGGGUUUUAUAUCUUUAUGGGGUUUCUGUUGUAUCUUUGGUAAAAAUGCAUGUUUGGCCUGUCUAACCAAUGUAAAUGUUCAGUGGGUACUAGUUUGUUUGUUUUGUUUUAUUGGAAGUAUUUGUUUGUAUAAUGACAAUGCCUAUUAUAUAUAAAGUUACAGCUUACUAUUAUGUGCUAAUAGUGAUAGUGUCAGCAGCAUUUGUAUCACUGUCCUUUUAUUUUCUGUACUUUUUAGUAGGUAGGGCAAGGAAAGGUGACUUAGAACAAAAAAAAGACCUAUAGCUAGCUUUCGCUGAUCGAAACAUGCAAGGAUUAACAUUGAUUGUACUGUUGUGGCAAACGUACUGUGAAUCCCACAAACCUAUCCGAAAGACCGAUUUGAAUAUCAGUGCUUUUUGGUUUUAGUGUCAUUGCUUCAGCGUUAUAUGACAAGCCUCUACCGGGGUGUCCUUAUGCAAUAACUGUCAUAUCUUAAAUAUAUCUUUAAGUUAGCUUCGGCGUGUAACAGAAUACAGCCUCAGCAGCACGAUGAAUCGACAACACUAUAGACAAUCUGUGAUAAACUCCAUGAAUGUUUUACCGACUGCUGUUCAAUGCCUAUGUAGUAGUCAGUAUUGGGGUUCAUUACUACCCUGUCCAUUUUGUAUUGCUUUGGAAGACGUUCUGUCACACCUGAACUGUUAAGAUGUAUUUACUGAGAGCUACAGAAUAAAGUGGUUGAAAUGUGUGAA